GGUGAUGCCUCCCCUUUCCAACUUUUCAUCCAGCGGUUAGCGACGACACGUCCAAGAAAGGUGGUCUUAUUUGCUUUUCGUUUUUUUUUUUCAACUCAAGUUUCUUCCAUGACUCGAUACCUUACUGGACUAACGCCAGCGUUUCGGGCAACGAAGAUAAGAUAAUGAACUCUGGACUUUCUACACGGCUUUUCGUGACAUGUUUCCCGUCGUCCCGGAUAAAAUAAAAUAACAACGUAGCCCGGCGUGGCGGCAGCUGGGCGAAAAUUCAAUUGGAAGGAAAAUAGCGCACUCUCCCAAGUGAUUAUAAAAACAGAGACAGCAACAACUUUUGACCUGCCAGUUUUGAAGCAGAAUAGGAGAAUAAAAUGUCCUCCAAAGCUUCAAAUAAGAGUGCAGCGAUGGAGGAAACGGUCAUAUGGGAACAGCACACAGUGACCCUUCACAGGGCCCCAGGAUUUGGGUUUGGUAUUGCCAUCUCAGGUGGACGAGACAACCCUCAUUUCCAGAGUGGAGAGACGUCCAUUGUGAUAUCUGAUGUGUUGAAAGGAGGUCCUGCAGAGGGACUGCUACAAGAAAAUGAUCGAGUGGUGAUGGUUAAUGCUGUCUCUAUGGACAAUGUAGAGCAUGCCUACGCUGUGCAGCAACUCCGCAAGAGUGGCAAAAAUGCAAAGAUAACCAUCCGUAGGAAAAGGAAAGUACAAAUCCCUGUUUCGCGGCCAGGAGACAGGGAGACCAUGUCAGAGCACGAGGAAGAGGACAGUGAUGAGGAUGAUGGCUAUGAGCACCACAGCGGUCGUGGUGGCCAAAGUGCCUAUGGAGGAGCAAGCGGAGGCACAGGCACUGGCAGGCGUCAGGAACGUGAGCGUAGCAGCAGUGGCAGGCGGGAUCACAGUGCCUCGCGGGAGAGGAGUGUCUCACCGCGCUCUGAUCGCCGAUCACAAGCCUCGUCUGCUCCACCCAGGCCUGCCAAGGUCACCCUUGUCAAGUCCCGCAAAAAUGAAGCAGAAUAUGGACUCCGAUUGGCCAGCCACAUCUUUGUGAAGGACAUCUCUCCUGAGAGCCUUGCUGCCAGGGAUGGAAACAUCCAAGAGGGAGAUGUUGUACUUAAGAUCAAUGGCACAGUUACGGAGAACCUAUCAUUGAUAGAUGCCAAGAAGCUGAUUGAGAGGUCAAAGGGCAAACUGAAGAUGGUGGUGCAAAGAGAUGAGCGAGCCACGCUGCUCAACAUUCCAGACCUCGACGACAGUAUCCCAUCAGCUAAUAACUCCGACAGAGAUGACAUUUCAGAAAUACAUUCACUGACAUCAGAGCAUUCCAAUCGAUCCCACGGGAGAGGCAGUCGAUCACGUUCCCCUGACAGGCCUGAACUGUCGGACCAUCUCCGUCACUCACCUCGGCAGAUCAGCAAUGGCAGGAUGAGGGCAGGGUCACUGUUGCACAGAUUGCUUCCAAUCCACCGAAGUCGAGAUGAGGAGCGCAUAUCCAAACCAGGGGCCAUGUCCACACCAGUCAAAAGCUCUGAUGAUGGGGUCUUGUCACAGGCCAGCGACCAGGCCAGCUCCAGAGAUGACAAACAGUUACCUCCACUGCCUGAACCAAAGCCAGUUUAUGCACAGCCCGGUCAGCCUGACGUGGACCUGCCUGUCAGCCCCUCUGAUGCUCCUGUGCCCAGUGCCGCUCAUGAUGACAGUAUUCUCAGGCCGAGUAUGAAGCUGGUCAAGUUCAAGAAGGGAGAGAGUGUCGGUCUGCGGUUAGCAGGCGGGAACGACGUGGGAAUUUUUGUGGCAGGAGUUUUGGAGGACAGUCCUGCAGCCAAGGAGGGGCUGGAGGAGGGAGACCAGAUUCUCAGGGUGAACAAUGUGGACUUUGCUAACAUCAUUCGAGAGGAGGCUGUGCUGUUUUUGCUGGAUCUCCCAAGAGGAGAAGAAGUUACUAUUCUGGCUCAGAAGAAAAAGGAUGUGUAUCGGCGGAUAGUGGAAUCGGACGUGGGGGACUCCUUCUACAUCCGGACGCAUUUUGAAUAUGAAAAAGAGUCACCAUAUGGCCUGAGCUUUAAUAAGGGCGAGGUGUUCCGUGUAGUAGACACUCUCUACAACGGCAAACUAGGCUCCUGGCUCGCUAUCCGCAUUGGCAAGAACCAUCAGGAAGUGGAAAGGGGCAUCAUCCCCAACAAGAAUAGAGCUGAACAGCUGUCCAGUGUGCAGUACACCCUCCCCAAAACACCAGGAGGCGACAGAGCGGACUUCUGGAGAUUCCGAGGAUUGCGAAGUUCCAAGAGGAAUUUGCGGAAGAGCAGGGAGGACCUGUCAGCCCAGCCAGUUCAGACCAAGUUCCCUGCCUAUGAAAGGGUGGUGCUGAGGGAAGCUGGGUUCCUAAGGCCUGUGGUUAUCUUUGGGCCAAUAGCAGAUGUGGCCAGAGAGAAACUGGCCAGGGAUGAGCCAGAAGUUUUUGAACUAGCAAAAACACAGCAACAACAAGGAGGGGAAAAGAGUGAACCCAGGGAUGCAGGAACGGACCAGAAAAGCUCCGGCAUCAUUCGCCUGCACACCAUUAAACAGAUCAUUGACAGAGACAAGCAUGCAGUGCUGGACAUCACCCCUAAUGCAGUGGACCGUCUCAACUACGCUCAGUGGUAUCCAAUUGUGGUGUUUCUCAACCCAGACACCAAGCAGGGUGUCAAGAACAUGAGGACCCGCCUCUGCCCUGAGUCUAGGAAGAGCGCCAGGAAGCUCUAUGAUCGAGCCCUCAAAUUAAGAAAGAACAACCACCAUCUCUUCACUACAACCAUUAACUUGAACAGCAUGAAUGAUGGUUGGUUUGGAGCACUGAAAGAGAUAAUCCAGCAGCAGCAGAACCAGCUGGUGUGGGUUUCAGAGGGCAAGGCUGAUGGGGCAGCUGAGGACGACCUGGACAUCCAUGAUGACCGUCUGUCCUACUUGUCGGCACCAGGUAGUGAGUAUUCCAUGUACAGCACCGACAGCCGCCACACCUCCGACUACGAGGACACAGACACAGAGGGCGGAGCCUACACUGACCAGGAGCUGGACGAAACACUGAAUGACGAUGUGGGCCCACCCACGGAGCCUGCCAUCACCCGCUCCUCCGAGCCUGUUCGUGAGGACCCGCCUGUCAUCCAGGAGCCCCCUGGCUACGCUGGCUACACAGUGCAGCCGGACCCCCUGAACCGCAUCGACCCGGCUGGGUUCAAGGCACCAGUGCCGCAGCAGAAAGCAGAGGCCGCUGCCGUCCCUAGCAUCCCCCAGCAGCCUGAGCCCCUGGCUGAGACAAUGCCCCCUGCUGUCGACGUUACUGUAAAAACUGUAGGGGGUCUGAGCCCUGACGAGGCUCCUGCAGCUCCCCACAGCCAGCCAAGCCCCAACCCAGAGGCUGGCUCACUUAGGAGGCCCUCCCCCCAGCUAGCCCCUCAGAGCGUCACACCAGAACCUCUACAGUCUGGACUGGCCAGUUCCGAACCAAAGAUGUUUCAAAAGGAUCCAUACAACACAGACAACACAGGGCGUAUCGGUGGUCACAGCAUGAAGCCUGUGACUUUCAACCCUCAGCAGGGAUAUCACCCUGACCAGCAGCCAUACAGAGAUUACGACCACCCACCCAGUCGGUAUGAUGUCAGCAGCAGUGGAGUCAGCAGUGGAGGUGGUUACCCAGAACCAAAGUACCGUAACUAUGACUCUAACCCACCCUAUGAGAACAGUGUGCCUCACUACGACCAGCAACAGUGGAACCCCUACAACCAGCCGCUCUCUACUGCCAACUCCCAGGGCUACGAUCCCCGUUUGCCGUACAGUGAUGGCCCUGAAUCCCAGUACACCCCUCCUCUCCGCUACGACGAGCCCCCACCUCAGCAGGGAUUUGACGGGCGGCCUCGCUAUGGUAAACCAACAGGUCCAGGGCCUGUCCGUUACGAUGAUCCUCCACCUCCUGCCCCAGGGCCUGACCUGCACUAUGACCAGGAUUCUCACUUGAGUACGUACCCCACUGCUGCCCGCUCCCCAGACCCUGCUGCCCAGCGGCCUGCCUAUAACCAGGGACCAUCACUGCAACAAAAAGGCUACAAACCUCAGCAGUACGACCCCGUUCCUGUUAACUCUGAAACCAGCCCCACACCUCCUCCCAAGGCAGAGGCCCCCUCAACUUCCCCUGUGGAAGCUCCAAAAGCCGCACCCGCCAGAGACGAGCAACAGGAGGAUGACCCCGCCAUGCGGCCCCAGUCAGUCCUGACAAGGGUCAAGAUGUUUGAGAACAAACGCUCUGUGUCUAUGGACCGAGCCAGGGAUGCAGGGGAUUCAUCUGGGAACAGGGCAGCUGAUUUACCCUUGAAAGCAGGUGGAGUAAUCCCUAAAGCAAAUUCUCUGAGCAACCUGGAUCAAGAGAAAACCUUUAGAGCCCCAGAGCCGCAAAAGCCUCAGUCCAAGGUAGCUGAUGAUAUUGUGCGCUCCAACCAUUACGACCCUGAUGAGGACGAGGACUACUACAGGAAACAGCUGUCUUACUUUGACCGACUCCAAGCUGGCCCCAACAAACCCCAGCCACAAGCACAAACAACCCACAACUACCCCAGGACAGAGUCGGUGGAGAAACCAAGUCCAGUGGAGAAAAAAUAUGAACCUGUUCCCCAGGUGACACCAUCUCUGCCACCAGCCACACUGCCCAAACCCUCACCUGAAGCCAAACCUCCUGCCCGAGAGGACACUGUCCAGACCAACUUCCUGCCUCACAAGAGUUUCCCUGAGAAGUCUCCAGUUAAUGGCACAAGUGAGCAGCCUCCAAAAACAGUCACUAGCACCGGGGCUCCACCAGCAUCCAGCUACAACCGCUACACGCCCAAGCCCUACACCACCUCUGCCAAGCCUUUUGCACGCAUGUUCGACAGCCCCAAAUUCAACCACAACCUUCUGCCCAAUGACAAGCCUGACACUGCUCCAAAGGGCCGGAGCUCCAGCCCAGUGAAGCCUCAGGUAGCUCCACAGCCCCAGAACACAGACCAUGACAGUGGUCUGGACACCUUCACGCGCACUAUGGACCACCGCUCCAAAUACCAGCACAACAACAUCAACGCUGUUCCCAAGGCCAUCCCUGUGAGCCCCACUGCCCUGGAUGAUGAUGAUGAUGAAGAUGAGGGCCACACUGUGGUUGCAACGGCCCGAGGUAUCUUCAACUGUAACGGUGGCGUCCUGAGCUCCAUUGAGACAGGUGUCAGCAUAAUAAUCCCACAGGGUGCCAUACCUGACGGGGUGGAGCAGGAGAUCUACUUCAAGGUCUGCCGAGACAACAGCAUCCUGCCACCACUCGACAAGGAGAAAGGAGAGACUCUGCUCAGCCCUCUGGUGAUGUGUGGACCUCAUGGCCUCAAGUUUUUGAAGCCUGUGGAGCUACGCUUACCUCACUGUGCGUCAAUGACCCCUGAUGGUUGGUCUUUUGCUCUAAAAUCCUCCGACUCCUCGUCGGGUGACCCAAAAAGCUGGCAGAACAAGUCUCUCCCCGGGGACCCCAACUAUCUGGUGGGAGCCAACUGUGUUUCUGUGCUCAUUGACCACUUUUAAGGAUGGGCCAGCAGGUGUGAUGUUACUGAAUGUGGAACCAUGGUGGAUAAAAUGAAGAGGAUGGACACACGUACACAGGCGCGCGCACACACACACACACACACACACACACACACACACACACACACACACACACACACACACACACAUACAGAUACAUGCACUCCAAACAUACUGACACACACCACAUUAUGGAGUAUGAAGAAGAUCCAGUCAGUGCUGUUUACUGCACCCAUGGAUGAAGGCGAGACACUGAUGAUCAUUACAAGCUGUUCUUUAAACUCUUUUUCCCAAUUUGAAGUUUUGAUGUGAAAUGAAACCAUUGAUGCAUGCCCCAUGCCACUGAGGAUUGACAUUAUAUAUACUGUAAGGCAAUGUUUAAUGUAAUUUCUACAUGAAUAUAGAUGGAUGGAUGGCUUUUGAGGCAGCGUACAUGCUUCAAAAAUAUUUAUGCUAUAUAUGCAUACAGUAUAUAUAGUAGUAUAGUGAAGAUUUACUAAAAUUUUACUCAUGGAUUCAGUCAACAUCUUGUUAUUUUCCAGUUCAGGUGACUGAAAGCAAAUAUGUAUCUCCACCUAUUUUUUCCACAUUGAGGGAACUUUAAUAAAGGUUUGAGACAGAUGUGAGAUAAAACCAGAGAUGGUGACAUUUGCAAGUAUCUGUAGAAGGAGCAAAAGCUGGAUAUGAACCCAAGCAGCACACUUUUAGAGACGUUCUUCCUUCCUCACCCCUUCCUUUACUCUUCCUUUUCCUACAGUAAUAUCUUGUAGCUUACUUUCUUACGGAUUACCACGUCUCUCCUUCCAGCCUGAGGGAGAUCUAUGCAUGUUCUUUGCUCAGGUCCAGUAGCCUCCUCAGUUCCUUCCUCACAUCUAUUUCUAUCGCUCUCUCUCUCUUUCUCUCUCUCUCUCUCUCUCUCUCUCUCGCUCUCUCUUUUUCCUCUUUCUUCUCUUUCUAUCUUUUUCUGUCUGUGCACUCUUGCACUCUCACACAAAUAAGCAGUGAUGCCUUAUCUGCAGAUUAUUCACUUUUCAUUAAGAAAAAAAAUAAGUUAUGAUAAAUUAUGGUAUAAUGUCAUUUGUUUUGCCAUUUCAUUUUUUGUGAACCCACUGUAUAAAUGAACUUGGGUUUAGCUCACAAUAACAGUUGAUAAAGGAUAACAAAGGUAUGCUCUUCUUUUAUCUGCUAUGCAUUACUUAAAUAAAAGAUAAAAAAAACAACAAAAACAAGAAAACAGAAAAGAAGUGGCUGUAAAUAAAGCUAGCAUAUUGCCUUGUUUCUUUUGUUUGUAAAUGAACUUUUUGUAUGUCUUUCUUUUUUGUAUAAAACUUAGAGAAAACAUGUUUUAAAAAGUGGAAGAAAGUGAACGUGGUUAUCUUUGUAUUCUGGAUAUACCCUCGAGCCUUGGAACUUAUAACCUAACAAUAAUACAUCACACCUUUUCUACCAAUAUAUUCACACUAUGUUACGGUCACAAAAAGCUCUUUUUAUGGCUAUUUAAGGAUCAGGAAAGUACUUGGCCUAAAAUACAUUUAAAACAUGUUCUUUUAAAAGGGUGUGCUCUCUCAAAGUGUUCCCCUCACUGAUUUGUGAUACUGGAUGCUGUAUUGUGUGCCCUUAAAUGUAUUUUUGUACUAAUAGACAAUAUAUUAUGUAUGGCACACCAGUACCAUUUUAUUUUUAGAUAUAACACGGCUUUAAUUGGAUAUUAGCUCUUCACGUGUGGCUGACUUUUUUUCUCCUCUGCAACACAAUUUUAAGUAUACCACUGUAUUAAUAAAU